UAAGCUCUCUAUGCGAAGUCUUUGAACAACUUCAAACAACUCCUCGUUUGAAAGCAAGACGGUCGUUAGAUAUGCAUUGUUAAAUAUUUCUUAUUUGACGCGUCCUGAACAGUAAUUAAUCAGUUUUCGCCUCGCUUGAACGGUCUCAGUUCGGCAUUUACAUUCGCAGAUGACGCUAAGAACUGUUAAGGAGAGUUGAGCUACUGUAUAAGUACGUGAAUCAGAGAUACAUCGACCUUAAACACACGGCUUGCUUCCAACUUCCGCUCACGUCAAUUAUUACUGUGCUGCCGGCUGAUUGGCUUAGGGUCUGACCGUCAGCACUUCCAUCUAGUCAGUACCCAUCGUCGGUAUAUAUUCGCAGAAUAUAUCGCUUAGAGUCAUUUUAUAUAUUAGUCUGCGUAAUCGUGUAGAGCUGUCGUACAUGCCCUUAUGAAUUUGAAGAUCAAUAUCACAUAGCAGGAUAAGAAAGAAAGAAAGAAAAGCCGACGACAUAAAAAACACAGGAUGGGAAACAGUACGUUUUCUCCCGAAGACACCGAGGACCAUCAAGUCCCGUUCCCCGCUCUCGUGGCUAUCCUAUCUCCGAUGUCCCUAGGGACCAUAUGUGGCAACCUACUUGUGCUCAUCUCCAUAUGGACCCAGCCUUCGCUACAGCUGCCCAACUUCAUGGCCAUAGGCAGUCUAGCGAUGGCAGACCUACUUGUAGGCGUCUUUGCCAUGCCCGCUUAUGUCAUCAAAAAAUCCCCUCUCGUCCUCGGUGAAUUCUGGGAAGGCUUCGUGUGUGACGUGUUCAGGUUCUCGUACUUUCUGUCGGGAUACGCGUCCAUCUUGAGUCUAUGCAUCAUCAGCAUAGAUCGCAUGCUCACCAUACGGAACCCGCUGACUUACCACACUCUGGUCACGCAAUACCGCGUGACUGUCACGCUAGUGGUUGCGUGGAUCGAUGCUAUCGGGAUAUCCGUGUUACCGUUUCUCCCUACCGGGGUCCCCCAAGGUCUGCCUUGUCAUUACAGCCCCGCUGGUUGGUGGAGCAUAAUGGUUAUUGUGACGAAUGUGGUGGUGCCUUUUGUGAUUAUAAUGCUGUGUUAUACCGAUAUGUACUGCACGGCUCGUGGCCAUCUGCGGAGAAUACAGACCCAUAAUACGCACAGUCGGCAAUCCUCGCAAGACAAGCGACAACGAUCGGGAACCAGAACUAUAUCAAUUGUCAUCGGACUUUUCGUCAUCUCCUGGUUCCCAUCUUGUGUGUACUAUUUCCUGAAAGAAGUCUGCGACGCCUGUUACCCACCAUCCUUUGCGCCCUUGGAAGGGAUCUUUAACUCGUUAGCAAAACUGAUGACUUUUGCGGGCUCGUUUUGGAAUCCGCUGAUAUAUUGCUGGCGCAGUUCGGAAUUCAGGUCAGCGUUCUUGCGCAUUUUGAGCAGGCGCAAGGUACGUUUGCGUCCCAUUCAGUCCUUCUCUAUGGUAUCAAGACAUCAGUAGUACGCUCAGUCAGUCUCAGGACGCAUUUGACGUUAACUAAAAAAUGCUGUUCCUUGCGCUUUUGGAGUUAGCUAACUCAUUCUCCUGACAGAGCUCGAUAUGUUUUUCUCCAUGACAAUCUACGAAGGCAAAGGGAGGGAAUAUGCAAUAGAGUAUGACAGCGAUAUGUGACAGCGGCCCUCAGUUCAAUGGUAGGGCAAUUUUGUCAAUUCGCCAUAGCGAAACGAGUAGCGAGCUCAGCUUUCUCUUAUUUGACGACUUUUGCGCGCAAAAAGCUUUGAAGUCGAGGCCUUUUGCCGGCUGCUCGCCCCAGCUCACUGAUGAAAAUGAACCUCGGCUAUUGAUACGUUUUUACCAUAGUUCUUUGGGCGCGCGCAAGAUUAGAGAGAUGUUGUGCGUGCGUCACAAUGGUUGUCAUAGGGACAAAAUAGGCAAACAGGGUUGCAAAUGAAAUUCUACUACAAAAAAUAUUUACCGAGAAACUAAACGGAGAAAUAGGGUAAGUUAUCCCUGUCAUUCGCGAUUAAACACUAUGAAGAUUUUCGCUGCCAAAAUUGAAGAACUCAGAGGCGCAUUUUAUUUCCACUUUUCGUGCAACCUACAAAAGAGAGGUCUUGUGUGACGUCGUUUUGGUUUUAUUUGACAAUUUCACUUUCUAAAAUAUUAUUAUCCAUAUUGAUGCUUCAGGAAUAUAAUGCGUCGUAUUGAUUUAAAAUUUCAGGGAUUCAAGUAGAUUCAGUUCGUUACUGAAUUAUUAGCAUUAAUUUUUGUAUUUUUGUGGUGUAAAAGAUUCGUUUCACAAGUUCCAGCUCCUAAAGUCUUUAUGUAAUGUCUGCUUUUCACUUUUUCUCCAUAAAGCUUACCAAUAGCUCACAUUUAUAAACAAAUUUAUUUACAAAAUAAAAACAGAAUACAUAAUCUGUAGUUUAUCGCAAAAAUUCAAAUACAGAAUACCCUACAUAAAAUAAUGUUUAAUGAGAACAAAAAAAAAACAUUUAAAAUAGAAUCUUGUCAAUUGUUUAACAGCACUGGAAAAAACAACAUUUGUAUAUCGUUUUGUUAAAACCUAUGUACAGUACAAGAUUGGGCGAGAGAAAUAAAAUAUUGAGCUAUAAA